CCUUGAAGCAGAUUCUGGGAAUAGAAGAGCCUAUCUCGUACUAAGAGGUACGAUGAACUAAUCCAUUUGAUCCAGCAAUACUUUAACCAGUUCUCUUAAAACGGCUUUCAUGCGCUCACUGCCAAGCUGUAGGAAACACACGACUUCUCGCAAGUGAUUCUGAGAAACAGUGUAAGGAAGUCGGUUUCGUGGUUGCCAACUCACUAAGGGCGCCAUCCUGCUGUGCAUGUUUACUCGGAAGUAAACGCCACCGCACUACAUGGUACGUAUUUUCCACCCCAGAUUAGGUUGCAGUCUAAGGUAGAUAAGAACCACCUCACCCGCUUCUCACAACAACCCCAGACCAAAACCGGCAAGUCGAGUCACGGAUACAAAGCUCGAAGCGAGCAAACGCCUUCACUCAGCGGCGCAGCCAAGGUCACUGGCCAGGCGUUACCUCGCAGACGAGUUCGUUUCCUUUUCGCUAAGUUUGUCCUUCGGCGCUUCCCGUCUGGCACGGCGAGUGGGUGUGGUUACCGUUGCCAAGUGACUGAAGCCUUCGCAGGCGGACGUCCUAGUACUUGGCCGUUCUACGGCCUCUCAUUGGCUGCGUGCGCGUCUGUCACGCGAAAAGAGGCAGGCAGAGUGGAGACAUGGAGCCUGGAAGCGGCAGGAAGAGGCAGCGUGAAGUGGAAUCGGAUGCGGAGCUGUCCGGCCUGUCCAAAGAAGACGACGACGACGACGACGACGACUAUGACCCUUAUGUGCCCGUCAAACAGCGCAAGCAGCAGAUGCUACAAAAGCUGCUGCAGAUGCGCCGCAAGGGAGUCUUGGAAGAGAAACAAAGGGACAGUGGCAGUGACUAUCAUGGUGAUGAAGAUGACAUUCCUCUGGGACCACAGUCCAAUGUCAGCCUCCUGGAUCAGCACCAACACCUCAAGGAGAAGGCAGAAGCACGUAAAGAAUCUGCUAAAGAGAAGCAGCUUAAGGAAGAGGAAAAGAUCCUGGAGAGUGUGGCAGAAGGACGAGCUCUCAUGUCUGUGAAGGAAAUGGCGAAGGGCAUCACAUACGAUGAUCCCAUUAAAACCAGCUGGAAGGUUCCCCGUUACAUCCUGGCUAUGUCAGAGGCACGGCAUGAUCGUGUGCGUAAGAAGUACCACAUCCUUGUGGAAGGGGAAGGCAUUCCACCCCCUAUCAAAAGCUUCAAAGAGAUGAAAUUCCCAGCAGCAAUCCUACGAGGACUGAAGAAGAAGGGGAUCCAGCAACCAACACCCAUCCAGAUACAGGGUAUUCCCACCAUCCUUUCUGGCAGAGACAUGAUUGGCAUUGCGUUUACUGGCUCAGGCAAGACCCUUGUGUUCACCCUCCCCGUGAUCAUGUUCUGUCUGGAGCAGGAGAAGAGGCUACCGUUUUCCAAGAGAGAAGGGCCAUACGGGCUCAUCAUCUGCCCCUCAAGGGAAUUGGCUCGCCAGACUCACGGCAUUCUUGAGUAUUACUGCCGCCUGCUGCAUGAGGAUGGGAUGCCUGCCCUGCGCUGCGCCCUUUGCAUUGGAGGCAUGUCUGUCAAGGAGCAGAUGGAGACCAUCAAACAUGGUGUGCACAUGAUGGUGGCAACACCAGGCCGGUUGAUGGAUCUCCUGCAGAAAAAGAUGGUGAGCUUGGAUGUCUGCCGCUACCUGGCACUGGAUGAAGCUGACAGGAUGAUCGACAUGGGCUUUGAGGGAGACAUUCGCACCAUCUUUUCUUACUUCAAGGGCCAGAGGCAGACCCUUCUCUUCAGUGCCACCAUGCCCAAGAAGAUCCAGAACUUUGCCAAGAGUGCUCUGGUGAAGCCCAUCACCAUCAACGUGGGACGCGCAGGAGCGGCCAGCUUGGAUGUCAUACAAGAAGUGGAGUAUGUCAAGGAGGAGGCCAAGAUGGUGUAUUUGCUCGAGUGUCUGCAGAAGACCCCACCACCUGUUCUUAUUUUUGCUGAAAAGAAAGCAGAUGUUGAUGCAAUCCAUGAAUACCUGUUACUUAAAGGGGUAGAAGCUGUAGCCAUACAUGGUGGAAAAGACCAAGAGGAGCGGACUAAGGCCAUUGAGGCCUUCCGGGAUGGCAAGAAGGAUGUUCUUGUUGCUACUGAUGUUGCUUCCAAAGGCUUGGACUUCCCAGCCAUCCAGCAUGUCAUCAACUACGACAUGCCUGAAGAGAUCGAAAACUAUGUUCAUCGGAUUGGGCGUACAGGUCGCUCAGGGAACACUGGGAUUGCCACCACCUUCAUCAACAAAGCCUGUGAUGAGUCGGUGCUCAUGGACCUGAAGGCACUGCUGCUGGAGGCAAAGCAGAAGGUGCCACCUGUGCUGCAGGUGCUGCAUUGCGGCGAUGAAUCCAUGUUGACUAUUGGGGAAGAGAGGGGCUGUGCCUUCUGUGGAGGCCUGGGCCAUCGCAUCACAGACUGCCCCAAGCUGGAGGCCAUGCAGACCAAGCAAGUCAGCAACAUUGGGCGCAAGGACUACCUGGCACACAGCUCUAUGGACUUCUAGGUGUUCUCUGCCUUUGGGCUAGCCAUAGUGAGGCACAUGAACGGAACUUUCUGCUGUAGCUUACUGGAGAGAUGCCUUUCAGCCGGAGUGAGAAAUACGAUACUAGUGGGCUUUUUCCUUUCCGGGAGCCUGCCAUUGCUUCACCACUGCCGAUGUGGCGCAGUUGUAGAUCCUGUCCCAAAGGAAGAGUGUGACCAUCAUUUUGUUUUCCAAGCUCCCAUAGACAGGAGGAUACAGAUCAUAGGACGCCUUCUGCUAUUUUCCGAUGGUCAUUUGGUUGGGCAGAUAUAGUAGACCGUAUCCUCUGUUAACAUCCACUGUUAUCUUUAAGCCAUUCAGCCCUUCUUCCUUGAAAAUGACAGACCGAUGCUGCAAUAGUCCAUUGCAUCAGUGAUUAUUGUCAUGCAACAUUGGGCAAGCCCCGGGCUAUUCAGCCAAUGACCCUGAAGGGGAGGCAGGGACUGGUGACUGUUUGGUGGUUUGCUGCUACAUGCUCUGGUUCCAGUCACCCUUUCUCAGGCAUUACAUGCCUCCAUUCCCCAUGUGGCUCCACUUGCCUGUUUCCAGCCAUGCUGCCUUCCUCGAGCAACUCUGCUCUUGUGUGACUUCUGCAGCUGCAGAACACGAGUUCUGUUUACCCCACCAACGCACAUUGAGUCAAAAGUCCCCCGGGACCGUCUGUGUCUCCUGGGACUCCUCUGCCUGCAGUAACUCCCUAUGUGCAUGCAGGCCCAAAAGAGGAAGUUGGCGGGCAGAGGAAGUCAGCAGCACUAUCGUACAUACUGACUCAUUCCUGUGGCAGCCACAACAGCUUACGGUCUCAGCAGCCUUCCUCACUCCUCCUGGUUUGCCU